GUCCCUUAUUUAGUAGUGAGAAAGUUGGCAACCCUAGUUGUAAUAGAUGGGUGUGCUAAAUAGACCUGCAACCAUGUGUCAUUUAUUUUAUCAUGCACUUAACAUUGUAAUGGUUCAACAGUGCUUUUACCAUUAAAACAACGUACCUUGUUGACGUCCCCUUUCUGACAUCACACAUUAAGCACUUGAACGCCUCCGCGCUGUUCCUGAACGUGCACACGCUGCAGUCCCAGAAGCCAUCGUCGGAGGACGGCUUCAACUGCCGCUUCGGCCUUCAGACAGAAACAAGACAAAACACAGUGAAAGCGGAGCCUUUUUAAGAGCACGGUGAUUACAAAGAAAACAUAUGAGAUAAGAGAUUAUCAGAGCAGGAGAGAACCGACUCUGAGGAUGUUUACGGCUCAGAAGUCGGUCCUUGAAGAGGAGGGAGCUCUCGGUUUAACACAGACAGUUUGCCCCACAUUAAACCAGCAGCCAGCCGCCAUGAACUGUUCAGUAGCUCCAUCCAUUGACCGAGGUUUCUGAUUCCAAACGGACCGAUAAAGUCUAUAUUCGGGGAUAUCUGCGACCCUUUACCUUGUGGGGCUCUUCUUGUCUCCCAUUUGAAGAAACUUCGACCCGCUGGAGUGGAGGAGGAUCAAUGUUACAGGUGUGUCAUCCUCUGCUCAGACGCAUUUUGCAGACAGCACAGUGCAAUACAGCAAUCUCUUUAACAUGGCCUUCAGACAUGGACGACAAUCAAUAAGAGAGGCGUAUGAACAGCGCUUCACAGGAACAGAUUCCAGAGAAGUGACCGUCCAUCGAGUUGUUAAUAUUGUUGAAAAGAGGAACCCAAUGCCUCGUCCAGGGUUGGACUAUCAAAGGGGUUUUGAUGAAGACCAGUGGUAUGAUAAUUUGAACAGUUACCCAGACGACAGAGAAUAUCAUGAAGAAUAUGGUUACCCACCCAAUGAUCGGCGAUACUAUGAUGAUAACCCAAGCUCCGGCAAUUUUCGCAGAAACUCCUCACCGCCACGAAAUGAUGGCCCGUACUCCCAACAGUCUUAUGCCAGAGAGGAUCUAAGGCAUCAGUUAGGUUCAAGGAGCAAUGGCAGGGCUCGUCCUUAUUUCCGCAGCAAAGGGCGAGGAUCGGGUCCACCUCAGAGAGAAGACCCUGGUAGCUACAGGAACUCCCUGCCUGUUUCAAUGAAACGAGACCGAUCCCCUCGAAGAAGGGAGGCCAUGCAGCCACCAGUCCGCUCUGGAUCAAACAGCAGUAGAAAGAGCUUCUCUCCAGAAAGAGACAAAAACUACACCCAAAGACACAAACCCAGCACGCCGGCCAGCAGCAGCAGCAGCAGCAUGCAGACCAGCAGCAGCACUCCUAGCAGCAACACGCCUAGCAGGAACAUUUCUAGCAGCAUCACUGCCAGCAGCUCUGAAGAGGAGUCUUCACACAGCUUGGGGUCUUCAGAGGUGAAACCAGACUUUAAGGAAAAAACUCCUGCAUCUGUAGCGGAGACGGAGAAGGCGGUGACUGCCAGCAUGGAGCCAGAGCUGACGCUAGACGAGGACCUCAAGGCUCGCCGUUUGGAGGCCAUUAAGGCUAAAGCGCUGGAAAUUGAGAAGCAUUACAGGCAGGACUGUGAGACAUUUCGCACCGUAGUGAAGAUGCUGGUGGACAAGGAGCCCAGUUUGGGUAACCUGCUGCAGGCUCCACUGGAUAAGAACCUGUUGGAGAUCAAACAUCGCUGUCUGGACUCCCUUAAAGACUUUAUGAAGGAGCUUGAUGAGGUAUUAGAGCAUCCAGACACUUCACCAGAGGACACAGGUCUCAAAACACUCACCUGACAACAUGGAGUCAUACAUUUUUUUCUAUUUCUAUAGGUUUUUUGGGGGGUUAAAAAAUAUAAACAUGUCAUUUUCCAUUUCAGUUAAGUUGUUUAAUCAAAUCAUGGUUAGAGAUAUAUUUCAAACAAAAUGAGAUUCAUGUUAUUCGUUUAUAAAAACAUGAUAUCAAGUGAUAGCACAUUUUCCAGUUGCUGAAAGAUAAACUGUCUGAGUAUUGAAUUUAACCUGAUGUGAAGAAUUUUUAAGUAGUUAUUAAAGAGUCUCAACUUACUCCGACUAACUUACAAAAGCAAGCCAAAUCAUCAGCCAGGAGGAGUAUUUAUUUUCAAUGAAGAGUUUUACAGCUUGCAGACCAGAGAUAGCCCUCGGUUUACAUUUUCCCCAACAAAGUUUCACAGUGAGUAUUACAUUAGUCAGGUAAGAGGAAGCAGGAUAAGAUUUUUCUGCAGAUAAGACAGCACACAUGUACAGAACAGGGUCAGAGUUAGUUCCGCAAUCUUUCUGAGAUUGAAGGAUUAAGUUGAUGUUAAAGCCGAUAUGUGGAAACAGUGAAUUACUUACAGUGUUAUGAGCCAAAUCAGAUAGGAAUAAAACACUAAAUACAGUUCUGAGAAAACUACAUUUGAACAUUCAGCGUGGUUUUUUUUUUUGGACCAAAAAUAAUUAUUUUGUGCCUUCUCAAGCUAACAUUGGCAACUUGAGAGAUGUAGUGUUAUUCAAUCUAAAGAGAAUAAUUGAGUACAAAUAAUUUUAACUUUCGUCUCAUCGCCAUUUAAAGUGUGAAAUGCCAUGUAGUCUGUUUUUCUAAUACCUUUAUGUUGCGGCUGUCUUUACAAGGGAAACUAACACCUUCUAUGUAUUUUAAACCAGUAUUGAAUGGUCUUCAUCUAUGUUUUUCCAUGAAGUACUGAUGUAUAAGAUAAUGCAGACUUUUUUGUAAAUACUGUAGAUCAUUCUUUAAAUAACUCUGAGUUGUAAUCAAUCAGCCUGUGAUUACUCUGUUUUAGAUUUUUGGGUAAACUUUUUGUCAAUAAAAAUGUACGU